AAGUUUCGUUUGACUUGUACCGAGGAUCCACGCGCAUUUUACUCCAUCAUCACCCUGUAUGGCAGACAGUUAUUGCUCUCUGUAAAUGAAAUGUAUCUUAUAUGCGUCGAACAACUGACAUUUCGUGAGUUGCCUAUAGCAACAGCGUUUACUUGCAGCAUUGAUCAUCUAAACCAUCGCGAAAUGUAAAUAAUAACAUUUUGUUUACAUUUUUUUAUUUUUUGCAUUUUUAAUUUGAAGACAAAAUGGGUUUAGGGCAGAAUCGGAUGCGUUUGCUGUGCAUGCUCACUUUAACGCUGGUGUUUUUUGUUGUGGAAGUUGUGGUCAGCAGAAUAACAGCAUCUCUCGCGAUGUUGUCGGACUCUUUUCACAUGCUGUCGGACGUAAUAGCUCUAACAGUGGCUUUAAUCGCGGUCAGCUUUGCGGAGACCACUCGAUCCACCAGUAAGAACACGUACGGAUGGAUCCGCGCAGAAGUGAUGGGAGCUCUGGUGAACGCCGUGUUUUUGACAGCCCUCUGCUUCACUAUCUUUUUAGAGGCCGUUGAGCGCUACACGCAGCCGCAUGAGAUCGAGAACCCACGCGUGGUCAUCUGGGUCGGUGUUGCGGGUCUUUUGGUGAAUGUGCUCGGUCUGUUUCUCUUCCACGGACACGCGGGGUUCGGUGGGCACGGGCAUGCGCAUGGUGGGCACUCUCACGCCGGACACUCUCACGCGCACCAGACAAACCACAGAGAAAAACCAAAAGCGCACGAAGAAGCAUGCACUCUCAUGAUAAACAGUUCACAAGGAGAUCACACUUGCGAGCAGAAAUCAGACUCCCUGAACAUCAGGAUCACUGCCAAGGGUUCAUUGGAGGAUCUGGAUCAGUCUCCCGAGUCGGCUUCACAGCUGAACAUGCGCGGUGUGUUUCUGCACGUGCUCGGCGAUGCGCUCGGCUCCAUCGUUGUGGUCGUCAACGCCUUGAUCUUCACUUUUGUGUGGACCCCAUGCCACAGCGACCAAAUCUGUUACAACCCCUGCCGCAACAACCACUUAACAGACCACCACCAUGUUAACACCACCGUCUUGAGCAUAUCCAAAACCCCCGACCGGAUCCCUAGAACCAUAUCUGUAGCCGGCCCAUGUUGGGUGCUUUAUCUCGACCCGACGUUAUGUCUAAUAAUGGUGUGCAUUUUGCUCUACACAACAUUCCCUCUACUAAAAGAGUCGGCUUUGAUUCUCCUGCAAACAGUGCCCGAGCAGAUCGACAUGCCCAAGCUGAAAGGCAAACUAAAGAGCCUGGAUGGAGUUCUAGCAGUUCAUGACCUGCAUAUCUGGCAGCUGGCUGGUGCACGCAUUAUUGCGACCGCUCACAUCAAAUGCACCGAUCCGGCUUUGUACAUGGACAUCGCCAAACGCAUUAAAGACGUCUUCCACGAUGAAGGCAUACACGCUACUACCGUUCAACCAGAGUUUUCAGCCUUUUCUGAAGGGUUUGGUGACCCCCAGUGUGAGCUUUCUUGCCGAAGCCAAUGCAAACCCAAACUAUGUUGUAAUCCUACCAAAAGGGCUAAGCCAGAGGAGGAGUUAGCCAAAUGUAGGCAUGAUAAACCUCACAGUCAUGCUGUCGAAUGGGGUGAUGGGAAAAAGGUGGACGAUGCUGUACAUACGGAGAUGGAAUCAUCGGUUUAGGUCAAGGAGGACAUUAUAUUGCAUGAGUUGCACACGGCUGCUUUCUCAUACACAGGAAAUGUGUCUAAUUAGGGCCAUUGUGUGGAUUAUUGCAAAUCUGAUUACUGCAGAAGUAUGUUUCAGAGAUUUGGGUUGAUUAAACGUAACAACUUUA